GACAGGCGGAGAGAGGGAGAGAGGAAGUUUCCAGGCCUCUCACUCCCUCACCUUCCAGCUGAUCGCCAUUCUCCACGUUCUGCACUCCACGAGAAGAUGUCUGGAAGAAAUGUCUCCUGGAAGAAUUUCGCCUCUGGAAUAUUCCUCUGUUCCCUCUUCACUCUCACUUACGUCUUCUCUUCAGGAAAUGUCAUCACAGAGGAACAACAUUACACGUGUAAAGAUUCAGGAAUUCAAGCUGUCCCACAAAUCCAGUCUUUCCAAAACUGCCAACGAGAUGAUAUUUUAAUUAAUGAAACAGUAGCUUGCAAUGAUCUAGGUUGUAUCCCACCGAUGAUAAACAAAACAGCGUUUACUGGAUGCCAUAUUAUUGAACGUCAUUAUUUUUGUAAUGGCACUGAAACACGGCUAAUUUUCAAACCUGUACCAGGUGCCAAGUUGACCACAAUGCCUGGACCGUACAAACAGGGAGAAAGUGUUUUGAUAAACUGCAGUGCCCCAGAAAAUUAUAACGCACACUCGUUCCGGCUAACUAAAGAUGGAACAGACACAGGGAGUUCCUGGAAAACCAUUCAAUUACCCGACUACACAGUGGAAUUCCGCAUCCCCAACAUUAGCAUGGCAGAUAGCGGGAACUAUAGCUGCAGUUACAAAGCAGAAAUUCGCAAUGAGACCUUCAACUCCAGCCAGAGUAACAUCGUAGCUAUCAACGUUGUUGGUCUGUCAACUGAUGCCAUAUAUUGGAUUUGUUUUGGGAUCGUCACUCCGAUCAUCAUCAUCGUUAUCGUUGGAUGGAUUUAUUGGAAGAAAACUCACAGAUGGCCCUUGCAAAGAUCAUUCCAACCUGUCAGAAGUGUUGUAACAUUUGUAUGCAAGAGUCGAUGGAGAGAGACAGGAAACUCUCAAAAGCACAAAGACUGAAGAUACAAUUGAAUGAUACAGCGUGGAAACAGGCCCUUCGGCCCAACUUGCUCUUGAAAGAGCGAUCAGUCGGAUAUAUUAGUUUACAAAAUUGUGUCGUUCUACAAAAGCAUGAUCUAGUAGAAGAUAAGAAUUGCUCCUGUGCCAAGUGUGAAUGACAUUGCAAAUUAUAUGGAACACAAUAUGAAGAAUCGGUUGUCUUUUUAAUGAAGACAUUAAGUUGGAAACCUGCAGAAUAAGGUGGCCGAUAGUGAGCUUCAAAUGGGGGUGGAUGGAGGAAGCAUCCUGCUUGCCUGCUAGAUUUUCACUUACUGUAACUGCAGGAAAAAUGUUCCCGAUGUUGGGGGCGCUCAGAACCAUGGGUCACAGUUUAAGAAUAAAGGGGGGGCCAGUUAGGACUGAGAUGAGGACAAACUUUCUUCACGCAGAGAGUUGUGAAUCUGUGGAAUUCUCUGCCACAGAAGACAGUGCUGGUCAAUUCACUGGAUGUUUUUAAGGGAGUUACAUUUAGUUCUUGGGGCUAACGAAAUCAAGGGAUAUGGGGGAAAAACAGGAAAGAUGUACUGAUUUUAGAUGAACAGCCAUGAUCAUAUUGAAUGGCAGUGCUGGCUCGAAUGGCCGAUGGCCUAUUCCUGCAUCUAUUUUCUAUGUUUCUAUGCUCGAGUAUAUGGCAAUAAAACUCAAGCCACUUGAUUUUGAAGCAUUCAUGCAUGGUGGAGGUAUAAUGUAGUCAUAGAGUGAUACAGUGUGAAAACAGGCCCUUCGGCGCAACUUGCCCACACCCGCCAACAUGUCCCAGCUACACUACCUGCUUUUGGUCCAUACCUCCAAACCUGUCCUAUCCAUGUAUCAGUCUAACUGUUUCUCAAAUGUUGGGUAGUCCCUGCCUCAACUACCUCCUCUGGCAGCUUGUUCCAUACACCUUUGUGUGGAAAAAGUUACCCCUUA